AAGGCUUGAUGUUGUUGCUGUUGUAUGUUGGAAGUGAUAACCUUUUGUGCUGCAAGAUUUAUUGAUCUGAAGGAGGAUUUUUACCAUAUUUUUGCAGGUGCCCAACGGGUUUCAAGUGCGGAAUCAACUACCAACCUCCUACUGUUGUUCCUGGAGGUGAUCUCGCCAAGGUGCAACGUGCAGUGUGCAUGAUUAGCAACAACACUGCUGUGGCUGAGGUGUUCUCCCGCAUUGACCACAAGUUUGAUCUCAUGUAUGCAAAACGUGCUUUUGUGCAUUGGUAUGUGGGAGAAGGAAUGGAAGAAGGAGAGUUCUCCGAGGCCCGAGAGGAUCUUGCAGCCCUCGAGAAAGACUAUGAAGAAGUUGGCGCUGAGGGUGCUGAUGAUGAUGUAGAUGAAGCAGAGGACUAUUGAGUUUGUGGCUAUGCAUUGAAUGUGUGUGAUUCUAGUCUUCUUUGUUAAUUUGUUUU